GUCCAGUGGGUGGGGUCCUUCAUGAUGUUUGAGGCUCUGCUCUUGCACCUGCUGAUGUAAAUGUCCUCAAUGGCAGGGAGGCAGUUAUUUGUGAUUUGUUUGGGCAGAUUUGACCACCCUCUGCAACGCCCCCUGCAAAAGGACAGCAGACUUAUGAGAACACCAUAGUUUGCAGGUUCCUUCCAGUCAUCCGCGAUCCUGACUUGGUAAUAUAUUGCAGUUCCUUCAAACUAAUUGGGUCUAAACCUUGGAACUCUCUACCCUAAAUAUUGUGGGCUUGUAUCCACUGGAAGGACUGUAGAAGUUAGGAAGGUGACUCGCCUCCACCUUGUUGGGGUCUAUUAAGGAUGGGUAGUAAAUGUUCGUCUUACCAGUGGUGACAAGUUGCCAGUGGCAAAUCCAGAAGUGAUGUUUUUCUAUACAGUUGCUGAGAAGCACAAUAAUAGUCUGUGAAGAUGCCGGAUAAAGAUAAUUUAUUUAACAGAGGUAAUGACGAGGCUGGCCACAGCUCAGAUGAUAUUUGCCGUGACUUCCUGCGCAAUGUCUGCAAACGUGGCAAGCGCUGCAAGUUCUACCACCCCGACAUUAAUGAGGUGUCCGACUUGGGUGUUAAAAAAAAUGAGUUUGUCUUUUGCCAUGAUUAUCAGAACAAGGAGUGCACUCGUAUCAACUGCAAGUUUAUUCAUGGGACAAAAGAAGAUGAGGAACAUUACAAAAAAUCAGGAGAGCUUCCCCAACGUCUACGCCUUACGGUGGCCAUGGGUCUUGGCCUUUCACCUUCUGACCUUUCUUUUAAAAAAGGCGAGGUUCCAAUCUGCCGAGAUUACCUGAAAGGGGACUGUCAACGAGGAUCUAAAUGUAAAUUUCGGCACUUAAAACGUGAUGAAUACGAGUAUGAAAAUAGAACUUUGGAGAGAUUGGCACGAGACCAAGUGCUCUCUCCUGUCGUGCGACGAUACGACCCAUUUGAUGACCUCUAUGAGACUGAUCGCUAUAUUGACUAUGACCAUAUUCUAAAGAGGAGAAGAGUGGAUGGCUUACGAUUUGAAAGUUAUGAUUUUAGCAUCUCAAACUCGCGUCCUGUGGACUAUCGAUUUCUAGAAGAGGAGAAUCUGAUGCUCCGAAAGCGAGUUGAGGAACUGAAAAAGCAGAUCUCGAAUUUGAUGGCAACUAAUGAGGUGCUCUUGGAGCAAAAUGCACAUUUCCGCAACCAACCCAAGGUGGUGACACUGACUUCCACUCCCACAGCCACAGAGCAAAUACUGACAGCACCAGCUGUGGCUACGCUGACCAAUUACAACCAUGGUAUAGCACAGACUCACACCACAUUGAGCAGCCAUGCACUUCAACCACGACCAGUCAUCCAGCAAGAUCUAGUGGCAACUGCUUCUGCUGCACCGCCUAGCAAUGCUGCACCAACAGCACAUCUUAACCCGGAAAUUGCUUCCCUCCCUGCUGCACUGGCCCAGACCAUCGCCCAGGGAAUGGCACCUCCAGUAUCCACCUCAGUGGCUGUUUCUGUUGCACCAGUGGCAGUGUCAAUUGCACAAGCACUGCCAGGAAUCACCAUAAGCCAUGCCACCACUCCAAUGGUUACAUAUCCAAUUGCGUCACAGAGUAUGAGAAUAACGGCAAUUCCUCACUGAAAAGCAUUGAUAGAAAGAAAUAUAAAGAGAAGAAAUUCAGCGUUCCCAUGUUGCUUCCAAUGACGUGUGUUAUAUAAAUAUGCACGCCAAAGCCAAAUAGGAUUCUGACCCAGCCUUUAGUUCUUUUUGUGUCUAUAAACGAUUCCUCUCCAAUUCAUUGUAUAUUCUGACCAUUUGUUUUUUCCCCUCCUAUUUUUAUGCUUAGCUCAUCAACUCUUGUUAACUCCUUGUCUAAUUUAACUUAAAAUGAGUGCAAAUGACACAAAAGCUUUUUUAUGUAUAAAGGUUUAUGUUGGAAUAAACAAAUCACUGGGCUGCGAUGCUGCGCAAAUAU